UUGAGUCUCGGCCGGCUGUCGUUUAUUGUCUAACGUGGGUGUCAAAAAUCAAGAAAAUACGGAAAUACUGUAUUUUAAAAAUUUCCAACCCGUAAAUUCGAAUAAAUACCGAACACUAACCGAUCAUUUCAUCCCCCCGGCGCUCUUUCCCUUCUGCUGCCCAAAUGAACUUUCUCCUUCUCGCAUAAUUUCCAUUCAAUUUAUAUCGGUAAAUUAUUCAUGAUUUCCAUUCUCUCAUCGUUGAUAAGAACCAAAGUUUAAGUUCACGUUGAUCCCGAUUAAUUGGUCAACGUUCAUUAAUUUAUCGGCAAUGCAGAAGCAGAGAGUAAUGGAUCGAUGAUACUUCGAAAAGUUAAUUCUUAUUCAAUAAUUUAAAAAAUAAAAUCAAGAAUCAAUACGGAAUCUGUACUUUCAGUAUUUACGUUUGCCACCGUCAUUGAGGGGUUUUUUAACUAAAAAUUAUUUCCCUCUAAAGGAAUUAUUUCAGAGGUGCCGAGUGACUCCUCGGAUUUGAAUACCUCGAGGGACUUCAGUUGUAACUAAACAAUAGGGCAUAGUAAACAUGAGGGAGAGAUACGUGAGGGCAUGUGUGUCAGAUCGGAGUGUGACGGCGGGAGCGUCCGCACCAAUGAGAGGAUUUUAAUAAAAUCCGGAAAAAUUGAGACAUGUGCUAUCACUGGUAGUUGCUGCAGCCCGUUAUCAAUCUGGUUGUGGUAUAUGCAGUCUUCCGAGGUGCAGCUACUUCCAAUCUGGUUUGAAUAAGGAUUUAUCAAGAAAAUCAAAUUUCAAAAUUUUCCGCGUGACACGAAGUGCAGAUCAGCUAACGAGUGACUAAUGGUCAUGUUAAAAUGAAGGCGUGAGCGCUGGGAUUAAUCUGUUUGAUGACAACAGGUAGCGGAGUCCAACAUGGGAGCGGACUACAUGAUAACCGUGGCAAUUUUACUAGCGGUUGCCAACGUCUGUCAUGCCGAGUGUCAAACGAAAUCUGUCUACUGCUACGAGUGUGACUCGUGGACUGAUCUGAGGUGUAAAGAUCCCUUCAAUUACACAGCAUUACCUAGAGAUCAACCCCCUCUGAUGACUUGCAAUGGAUGCUGUGUCAAAAUGGUCAGAAAUCAGAGAUCACCUUACGAGAGCGUCCGAAGAACGUGCACAUCCCAACUGCAAAUAAACUUAUUUAUGGUGGAUCACGUGUGCAUGAUGGAAAGUACCGGCACUGGUCACAUGUGCUUCUGUGAGGAAGAUAUGUGCAAUCGGGUAUCCCCAUCCACGUGUUCCAAUACCACACUUCUAUUAAUCCUAUCAACACUCCUCAUUAUCAAUUCAAUCCUGACGAGUCCAGCUUGCUUAGUAGGUCACUGUGAUUAUCACCGUUUGUCAGCCACACUUGAUCGUUUGUACAUUUUUAUUUUCCCGUAGAGAUCCUGAUAGACAGUAGGAGGCCUCGAUGUUGGUCACAACGUGCACUAAAAUCAAUUACAUAGUUUUUUUUUCGAUUAUCAAAAAUAUUUAUAUUCGGAAAUUUAUGCGAAGAAAAAAAUUGCGACAAAUUUAACUGUGCGAAAUCAAUUUCUUACAAUUCCUGUUUAAAUCCAUUGAGAAUCGCGAAUAAUUGUUGCAUGAAUUUUUAAAAUUCAUUUUUUCAAUGCUAUAUAGAUCUAAGAAUCGAGAAUCCCUUGAACAUUCGAGAGAAUACUGAGUUGUCACUGAAAAAUUCGACAGACAUUUCAUGUUACUUAAUGGUUGUUAAAAAUUCCAUUCCCUCGCGCUCCAAAAGUUCAGAGUAAUUUUCUAAACGCGCAUAUCCCCACAAGUAAAAAAAAUCCCCUGAAAAAUAAUGUCAUCGAAGAAUGAUGAUGGUGACCAACUCUCGAGAUUGACACCUCAUCAAUGAUUGCUUUUUAAUUAUUGCGAUGAGGCCAGCGGCGUACGAGGCUCGAAAGAAAUAAUUUUUUUACCUUCAACCUUCAAAUAAUUGAAAGAACAAUAAUUACCUACGUAUGUGGCCUUGAGCCGCUCAUUCCUGGUUACCAACCAGCAUCGUUUACUAGUAAUUGCCCAUAAAUAAAAAAACUUAAUUAAAUUCAUUAAUCCGUGAUAAUAAUCCGCGAAGGAAGACACAAGAGAUGUAGGUAGAAUUCACUGGCUGUCUCAUGAUGUUAGAUCCUCCACCUGUUUAAUUCCUAAUCCUAUAUAUUCUCCAUUGUAUCCAUUGAUGACCGUAAAUUCCCCUCCAUGGAGAACUAUUCAAUGUUAACUCGAUGUUUUAGGGGGCAUCAAACACGGCGUGUUUCAAUGGCAUGCCCACCACUUAGUUUUUAUUUACGUGAGAAUACACAACUGGAAGCUGGUGUUCUACGAAUUGGCUGAUUUAUCCUCCAAUCAUGGAAUAAUUGUUUAGUUUCUGUGAAACAAAUUUUAGAUGAUUUUUAAUAUCAAGUACAAUGCUUCUAGUUGAAUAUUCUCUGCAUUAUGAUGAGUAGAUAGACAAUUCAUUAGGUAGAGUGUUAUGACUGUGAAGAUGUUUCAAUAUCCAAGGGAUAUAUUCUGACAUUUUCGGUUGAGAGUGAGUGGGGAACAAUGGGCGACUAAUUCUGAUAUUAAUGACUUUCCAACGAAAAUCAUGUUUUUCCUCUCUAGUCAGUCUAGCUCAAUUGAUUAAAAAAAAAAGUCUGGAACUCUGUUGUACCCUAGACUCUCUUCCAAAUGUUAUUCUCACUGUUGGUAAUCGUUAUUGAUUCCUAUUUACGUUAUUUUGAAUUCAUUACCUCUAUCGCUCAUUCACGCUUAUGGUCUAGUCCAUGCUUAUCGAUUUACGUGUUAAAAUUCUUUCAACAUAUCAUUUGUUAUUUGGUUUCAAUCGCUGGACGAUUUUUUGGAUUAGGGAGAGAAGGAAAAAUGAGUCUUCUGGAGUCAUCAAUAGUUCUCGACCAAGUCGCGCCAUUUAGAUAUCCUCAAUGUCCUUUUAAAGUGAAAAAAUUGAAAUUUUUUUUCUUAUUUAUCUUAAUGGUAUUCAGUGUUUGAUGAUGACAAAAUUCUCAUUUUACACUUUGCUCUUCCACGAGUUUGCAUGUUUUAUUAUACACUCAAUGAGGCUGAAUUUCGAACGUAUACGAGUUGCUGCUACUUCCUGAUGGUGAAGUUAAUCAGAAGUCAAAUAAUUCGGUGAUUAAUUGAAUUGUUCAGAGUUCAGGGCUCACAGCACUGGCACUGCACGGAUGCAUGAUACUUUAUGGUUUAUUAUUGGUUUUAUUUCGGUGUAUGAUUCUUCCAAUCUUAAGCUACUCGUUCUAAAUUCACAUGGAUACUAGCGUCAUCCCGACGUUGAUGCCGGUUUUGCCUUCACUAAUCGAUUAUUAAUUGUCAAAUGAUUGAUUAUGACUGGCAUGAUCGAUUUAGGUGAUCUUUAAACGCAAAAAAAAAUUACAAAGUACAUUUAUCAGCAAUCAAUAUUUUUUUAAUUUAUGCACUAACAAGAGAUGAAUGUUUACUAUCAACUUCAUUGAAAAAAAUGGAGAGAAACAGUUGAAAAAACUUCUCAAAAAUUUUUUUUACCCGGAAAUGGAGGGAUAAAUUGGCGAGAGAUACGAAAAAAAUAUUCUCUAUUUUUUUUUAAUCGGUUUUCGAUGAUCAACCAAUCGAGUUGUGAUCAAUUCAUGUGGAUUCUGAACGAGUAGCUGAUAAACCCACCUUCCAUCCUGAUGAAACAUAAUUUAAGAACAAAAUAUGAAGAGAAUGCACUGUGGGCCUUCACCUCGUGACCUCCAACGACUCAACCAUUGAGGAUAUAAAUGAUGCAAUAAGGAAGGAUACGGCUUGACGAUGUUGGAGAAUCGAGUUGAACGCUCAUAUCCUCACAGAAAGGCUUUUUUUUUACAAAGAGCCUUUUGCCAAACAAACUUCGUGCACCUCGGGAUAAAAACAGACCCGCCGAGGUUCUUUUGGCAAGCCAUGCGGCUCAUGUCGCGUCAUUUGUUCAUUUUCGCACGCGCGUCUGCGAGGCCAUUUACCAAUUAUCCAUUGUUAUUUCAUGUUUCUUAAUAAACUUUCCUUAUAAGUUUGCUUUCUCCCGUGCAAACAUUUUCUUCGAAGGGGUGACCGAGGAUAAGCUUGGACAUCUUCGAUUGGUCAGAAUAAUCAUCGAGCGGCAUUAGAGAUAUCGCGGGGUACCUAAAAAUUCACAAAAUUGUUUAAUUAAAUCAUUUAGUUCUGCGUAUAAAAAAAUCAUUAAUUGUUAUGUUUUUGCUUGGGAAUUCGAAGUUUCCAAUGAGUGAAGAUAGCAAUUUUUUUUAUAACGGCCUAAAAAACACUUUUUGAGCGGAUUCAGAAUAUCGAUCAGAAAAUCGGUUCAAAAAAUUUAAGUCACUGUAAAAAAAAUGGAUCGGAAAAUUUAAAUUGAAUUUUUCACUGUCUGGUAUCCCUUUAAUUAUUGAAUUCAGGCAAUAAUCAACACAAUUGUACAAAGUUUUAGAGUGUGCAAUGCUAUCAGAGGAUUCAAAUCCUAGAUAUCUGGAAACACCACGCGUGACGUAAGUGCCUUAGUCUCAACAAUUGUAUUCGCGUGGAUCAAUAUUUUAUUCAUUCGGAGUAUCCAGUUUUUUUUUUAAAUUUCCCAUGAAUAUUUCUCGCAAAACAUGACCAUUGUAAUUCUUUUCGUUUCGUUGGUCACCUGGCCUCGCAGUCGAAUUCCACGUGCCAUGUGAGGUAAAGAAAGAAAAUAGAAAAAAAAUUCUGUUGUCGUGAGACAUCUCCUUGGGUGUUGGCAGCCGAUCAAGAGCGCUUUUUAUAUUAAACAUUAUACAUAUUUAAUACAUCUAUAUAUUAAUGAGAUUGAUUGACGAUUAUGUGAAAGCGAGAUAAUUAUGAAUUCCGCAUUAUGUAAAUCAAUGACAUGUUUUUUACCUUUGAAUCUCUCAAUGUAUAUCAUUACAUGAUCUAUGUUGCACCCACAUGAGUGUCGAGACGUUGGACGCAGCACAUCUCCCCCUCCACCGUUUACGCUGUGAUUAUUUUGUACAAAGUGAUGAGUGUCAUUGUUGCAGCAUUCGGGUAAUAUUACCGUGCACGUCAUAUUACCGUACAAAUGUAUAUUUGAAAUCGCGCUCUGAUUGGGCGAACCGAGAGCAGAAAAAAAUCUCGGGGCUGAGUAUCGCAAUUCUAUUGAUCGGAAGGGCGGAGAAGGAAAUAAUCGAUACAAUUUUUUUUGAUCAGACGACGGCAUGUCACCUGCCGCCGUUCUAUUGAUCGGAUGACUAAUGACGGAAUUAAUCAAUGACAAUACGAUUUUUGUGAAAAAAAUGAAUAUAAAUUGAUGAAAUAAUAUGUUAUGUCAUUAGACGAUGAAAUUAUUAUCUACGUGGAGAUGAAUAUUUAGUAAAAAUUAAAAAAUGUACAUUUCGCUCGCCAAUUAAUUAGAAUCAGAAGAUUGAAGUGGCUAUAUUUCAAUUUUUCGCAGAUAAUGGGUACACAAUAAUUACGCGACAGUUUCGUAAAAAUUUCUGUAACCACAUUUUGCUGGCAAAUUAUGGAAGAGAUUCGUAAUUUUUAUUGAAUAUUUCCAUCGCCAUAUGACAUACAAUAUUUUAUGAUAUUCGGCUCGCUUCGCUCACGAUUAAAUUACGGUUCAUCUGGUCUACCAGUACGAAAGAAAUAUGAAGUUGAAAUUGUUUUUAAAAUAGAAGGGACUAGUUAACCCUCGGGAAAGACAUACAUGUAAUUAAAAAUGUGUCUCAUUAUAGUUAUGUAUUGGGGAGGGGGGAGUCAAAUCGACACGCGCUGCUUGUUUUUUGCGACCAUCUUGCUCUAGAGAUGUAGCGUAGAGAUGAUUCUAAAAAUACUCAUGCAAAUAAAUUUUUAAUUGUAAAAAUUUUCAUUGUUAUCAUCAAUACUGAAGUGAGUUUUAGAACGCCGACUCAAUUUAUGAUAAUUUCUAGUCGUAAAUUUAUCACCAUCAACUAUUAUCACUGGUUGAUGUUCAAUUACCAUUGAUAUUAAUUCAUAAUUAACGAAGAAUGAUAUAUGACGUUGUUAUGAAUGUUAAAGAUUAUUUAUAACGGAUGACUAGGUAAUUCGGAUUGAGAUUGUUACAUAUAAAUGGGGAGGACUGUAAAUUAUUGUAAUCCCGGAACAAGGAAAUAUCAUAGUUGUACGUAAAAAUGUGCUCAUGGUUAUGCGAUUUGUUGAAAGACAUUUGGAAAUAUCAUUAGAGUAAGGAGAGGAGUAGCGAUGGAACUGAAGGUAGUUGAAUGAUUUGGAAUGGAAAUGGAUAAUAAAUUGUAGAAAUCAUGCCAUAUCAUCGAAUGCAUUAAAGUUUAAGUCUCAAACUGAUAUUUGUACUUUUCAUUGAUCGCCUGAACAAUAAAGAGAUAAUUUUAACUUA